AGCUGAGUUUGAAGCCUCCAGCAUGGUUGGAGUUAAUUCCCAUUAGGCUGGACUCCGCCCCCGUCUUCUAAAGGUAAAAUAAUGUUUUCAGGCACCACGGCAAAGAACAGCUGGGAUUCCCAUCUCUGUCUGACAAGCUGGGAGGAGAAGUUAUUUCUCCGAUCUGAGCCUGGAGAGGGAACAAGUCACUCAGCCUUUAUACUCAGAAGCCUAAUGACUAUGGAACUUUGAUCCAGGCAGAAGGAAAGAAAGCUGAGAAGCAGAAUCCUAUAAGACAACAGUGGUCUUCAAGACAAUAAUUUUAUCCAGAUCAAGGGCCAAGUGGUGUAAAAAUGAGCCCCAGAACUGGCCAACUAGAUGAAAAAUAGGCCCAUGGAUCCUAUGUUGUAACUUUUUGAUUUGGUGCUCUGACCCAUCUCCCCAUCCUUGCAGAGAAACUAGAGACCAUGAGGAGCAGCCUGACCUUGGUGGGGACCCUCUGGGCCUUCCUGUCCCUUGUUACUGCUGUGGCCAGUUCUACCAGUUACUUCCUGCCUUAUUGGCUCUUUGGAUCCCAGCUGGGGAAACCAGUGUCAUUCAGCACAUUCCGGAGGUGCAACUACCCAGUGCGAGGAGAAGGGAACAGUCUGAUCAUGGUGGAAGAAUGUGGGCGCUAUUCCAGCUUCAGUGCCAUCCCAAGCCUGGCCUGGCAGAUGUGCACAGUGGUGACAGGUGCUGGCUGUGCACUGCUGCUUCUGGUAGCACUGGCUGCUGUCCUAGGCUGCUGCAUGGAGGAACUCAUCUCCAGAAUGAUGGGACGUUGCAUGGGAGCAGCACAGUUUGUGGGAGGACUGCUGAUAAGCUCGGGCUGUGCUUUAUAUCCCUUAGGAUGGAAUAGCCCAGAGAUAAUGCAAACCUGUGGAAAUGUCUCCAAUCAAUUUCAGUUAGGUACCUGCCAGCUUGGCUGGGCCUAUUACUGUGCUGGAGGUGGAGCAGCUGCAGCUAUGCUGAUCUGCACUUGGCUCUCUUGUUUUGCUGGAAGAAAUCCCAAGCCUGCCAUGUUGGUGGAGAGCAUCAUGAAGAACACCAAUUCUUAUGCUGUGGAGCUUGACCAUUGCCUCAAACCCUGAGCUUUGAAAGAAGAUUGAUUGGAGAUGGUGGGAAAGGAAAGGAAAGGGAACCUGGAAAGAUGUACUAAGACAAGAUUAGGCCAGUUGGUACCCACUGGCCAGUAGUGCAGCCUACUAUUUGCAUGCUUUUUGUCCACCUGUCAUUUACUUUCACUUUCCUGUAAACCAGUGGGUCAGUGGUUAUUUACAAAACUCACAUAGAACAGUGAUUCUCUUAAACAUUUAACCAACCAGUGAGUGUCCAAAGAUGCCCAAGUCUAAAUGUGCUCCUUUAUACAAAAUAAGAAGAUUCUGACUUGAAAGGUAACUGCAUAACCACGCAUCUCUUCGGAGUUCUUCAGCUCCUAUCUUCUGCUUAUGCCAAAACUUAAAGGCCAAGUCAGAACAGUUGUACACGGAUGGGCCACAAGAUGGACAAGGCUGGAUGCUGCCAUUCCCCUUAGUAUUUAUCGCCAUCCCCAGUCAUCUUUGGAAUGAAUAUCUGUGACUUUCUUAGGACUACACCUUCUCCUAGGUUUCUUCCUUCACAGUUGUGAGGAAGCUUGGUGAGAGGAUAACUCCCAGUAGGAAAAACAUAACUCAUAGAUGCGUGCAUAUAAUCUGAGGCCCCUUCUGCAUUAUACUUUGGAAUAUUCAUAGGUAUUCAUUUUUUGUUCUGAUUGGGUGACUAGCAUCAAAAUAUAGUAGCAAGUAUUUCCUAAUCCCUUAUAGGUAUGGAAAUGAUGUUCAUCAACGUUUGUUGAGUAUUCAAUAAAUAUGAAUUCACAGUGACGAUGAAAA